ACAAUUCCAAUAUUGGGGUCAGUAGUGCUGCGCUUAUUUUCCUUCCCCGCAAUCACACUCCUAAACUGCAUUGAAAUGAUCACAAAUAAUCUUUAACCAUGUGACAGAGCAUAUGGGGAUUUAUGCGAAAUAAGAGGCGUUUAUUUUCUGCACGCAACAAUCCGGAAAUGUGUGCUUUGCAAGCGCAUCCCCCUUGCUCCUCUUCCUCCUGCGGCAGCCCGUAUUGAAGUGAAGCUGGUUUGAACAGAGACGAGAGGGGGAUACGAAGCAGCGGUGAUGCCAGGCAUGAUGAUGGGUCUGAGAUUGCUUUUCUCGCUCGCAUGGAUUCUUGCCUUCAAAGCUGCUAAUAUUCAAAGUUUGAAUGCCGACGAGGACCAUUCCCAAGAUUUGGAAUGCAAAAUGAAAAGCGUCACCGUGUCUGCGCUGCCGUUUUUGAGAGAAAACGACCUGAGCAUCAUGCAUAGUCCAUCGGCCUCCGAGCCCAAGCUUCUGUUCUCCGUCAGAAAUGAUUUUCCGGGGGAAAUAGUCGUCGUGGACGAUCUAGAAAACACCGAGCUACCCUUUUUCGUCCUAGAGAUCACAGGAAACUCUGAGGACAUUCCUCUGGUGCGAUGGCGGCAGCAGUGGAUGGAGAACGGCACGCUGCUCUUUCACAUCCACCACCAAGAUGGCAGCCAGAACCUCCCCGGCCUGUCCGCCACAGACUACCCUGCCAGCGACUCUGCCGAGGAAGAGUUACGCAUCCUUCACAUCUCUGUCAUGGGAGGCAUGAUCGCCUUGCUGCUGUCCAUUUUGUGCCUGGUCCUCAUCCUCUACACGCGCAGGCGGUGGUGCAAACGCCGCCGUGUGCCCCAGCCCCAGAAGAGCGCCAGCGCCGAGGCAGCCAAUGAGAUUCACUACAUCCCUUCGGUGCUGAUGGGAGGCCAGGCCAGGGAGAGCCUGAGAAACUCCAGGGGCCAGGGUCACAAUUCCAGUGGCACGCUCAGCAUCCGAGAGACGCCCAUCCUGGACGGAUACGAGUAUGACAUCACUGACCUGAGACACCACCUGCAGAGAGAGUGCAUGAACGGAGGAGAGGACUUUGCUAGCCAGGUUACACGCACCCUGGACUCCCUUCAGGGCUGCAAUGACAAGGCCAGCAUGGACCUCACACCUGGGGAGUGGAGUGACAAUACAAAGUUGUCCCUAAUGAACAAGUACAAGGACAACAUCAUAGCCACCAGCCCCAUUGACAGCAAUCACCUGCAGCAGAACACUCUCCUCCCCCACAACACCUCCACCAGUCAACGCAAACAACGUCUGUCCAGCAAAACCCGAGCGGGUUCAACCUUCUUAAACCCGGACGGGGACUCAGGCACGGAGGCCGACAGCGAACCUCAGCUAACCUUUUACACUGACCCCAAUCGCAGCAGGCGCCGCAGCCGAGGUAUGAGAAAUGGUAACGCCAACAGCGCGUGGGGCUCAGGGGCAGGUUCGCCACGAAGCCCCAUCAAUAAGACCACCCUGACUUUGAUCAGCGUUGUCAGCUGUGUGAUCGGCCUGGUGUACUCCUCACACCUCUCCUGUGGCCUCAACGUCCGGGUCAUCCUCCAUGUGCCCGAGCACCUCAUCGCAGACGGGUCCAAGUUCAUUUUGCUGCAGGGCAGUCAACUGGAUGCAUCUGACUGGCUGAACCCGGCCCAGGUGUUGCUAUACUACCAGCAGAAUGCCAGCGGGCCUUGGAUCAAUGAGCUGUGUGGCCGCCGCAUUCUGGACCCCUGUGAACACCAGUGUGAUCCAGAGACAGGUGACUGUCUAUGCUUAGAUGGCUACAUGAAGGACCCUGUCCAUAAGCAUCUCUGUAUUCGUAACGAGUGGGGUCCAAAUCAAGGACCCUGGCCGUACACUAUUUUCCAGCGUGGUUUUGAUCUGGUGAUGGGAGAACAACCAUCUGAUCGCAUUUUCAGGUUCACAUACACAUUGGGGGAAGGGAUGUGGUUACCAUUGAGUAAAAGCUUUGUCAUUCCACCUGCUGAGCUGGCAAUCAACCCAUCAGCCAAGUGCAAGACUGAUAUGACUGUCAUGGAAGAUGCUGUGGAUGUGAGAGAAGAGCUGAUGAUCUCCUCAUCGUUUGACAGUCUGGAGGUUUUACUGGAUUCGUUUGGCCCGGUGCGUGACUGCUCAAAGGACAACGGUGGUUGUAGCCGAAACUUCCGCUGCAUCUCUGACCGCAAGCUUGAUUCCAGUGGAUGUGUGUGCCCUCCGGGACUGAGCCCUAUGAAGGAUGGCACAGGCUGCUACGACCACCACAUUGGCAUUGAUUGCUCUGAUGGCUUCAACGGAGGCUGUGAACAACUGUGCCUCCAGCAGCUCGCCCCCCUGGAGGACGACCCCACCCUCUACAACAUACAGAUGUUCUGCGGCUGUAUUGAGGAUUACAAGAGAGGUCAAGAUGGUCGUUCUUGCCAGCCCUUGUCUGAAGCCUGUACUGAGGGACUGGACUGUGGGGAGACAGCUGACAUCCCAGCCAACCAAACCUUUUUCGGGGACCUCUUCUAUGGCUACAACAACCAUACCAAGGAAAUCAUCUCUGGUCAGAUCCUCAAAGCUACCUUCAGGCAGAAGAACUUUGCCCGAGGCAUCGAGCAGCAGCUCCCAGAUGGCAUGGUGGUGGCAUCAGUGCCAACCGACGUGCAGUGCCACGAAGAGCUGUCAGACCCAGUCCCUGAUCCAGACUAUCUCACAGGAAUGGUGAACUACAGUGAGGUCUCUGGGUACCCACUCAUCCAGCAUUGGAGGCUGAGGUCUGUCCUGUACCAUGUCAAACUGAACCAGUGGGUUCUCUCUCAAGCUUUCAGCUCUGCCAUCCACUCCCUGGACGGUGCCACCCUCCGCAGUGAUUUUGUCUCCAUCCUCAGGGAGUUUGGUAAUCACUUUGUACAAGAGGCUGUGUAUGGCUUCGAGGAGGCCUGCACUAUCUGGUACCCCAACAAGCAGGUCCAGAGACAGCUGUGGCUGGAGUACCAGGACAUCAGCAAAGGGAAUUCCCCAUCAGAAGAGUCAGAGGAGCGCGACAAGGAGCCCCGGACACUGACCUACCCAGCGUACAUCGCCAGCCUACUGGACUCUGGUGCCAAGCGCAUGGCGGCGGGGGUUCGCAUGGACUGCAGCAGCCAGGGCCAGUGCCCGUACUCCUGCCACCUCUGCCACAUGAGCCCUGGGCCUGGGCGUCCAGCCGAGCCUGUACUGCUCCAGAUCACUAAGGCCGCCCCGCUCUACGAGCUGGUCUCCAACAAUCACACCUACCAGGCACUGCAGGAGGCCAUGAUGAGCAUGCUGUGGUGUUCUGGGAAAGGUGACGUAAUCGAUGACUGGUGCCGUUGUGACUCAAAUGCAUUCGGGACGGACGGACUGCCAACAUGUGCCCCUCUCCCUCAGCCUAGGCUCAGGUUGUCCCACUCCUAUGAGCCCAGCAGUUCAUUGGUCAUCGUGGAAUGGAAUCACACUGAGCCACCAAUCGGGGUGCGCAUCGUGGAUUACCUCAUUAGCCAGGAGAAAGUGACAGAGAGGACAGACCACUCCAAAAUGGAGACAGAGACAAUGUUGAGCUUUGUGGAUGAUAUCCUGUCUGGGGCCAAGUCUCCGUGUGUGAUGCUUGGGGAUAUCCCUGACCUCCUGACCUCCUCCGUCAGCAUGAUCAUUCGCUGCCUGGAGCCAGACACCACUUACAUGUUUAGGCUCUGGGCAGUGGACAACACAGGCCGUCGCUCCAGCCCAAGUGAGGUCACCAUCAAGACCCCCUGCCCUGCUGUGGAUGAUGUCAAAGCACAAGAGAUUGCAGACAAGAUCUACAACCUGUUCAAUGGUUACACAAGUGGCAAGGAGCAGCAGACGGCCUACAAUACGCUGAUGGAUCUGGGCUCUCCCACCCUGCACCGUGUGCUCUACCACUACAACCAGCGUUAUGAGAGCUUCGGAGAGUUCACCUGGAGAUGUGAGGAUGAACUGGGGCCCAGGAAAGCUGGUCUGAUUCUCUCCCAGCUGGAUGACCUGAGUGGAUGGUGCAGGGGUCUUCUCCAGGAGCCCAAGAUUGGCCUGCGCAGGAUGUCCCUCAAGUAUCUGUCCUGCCGCUACACAGACACCAAGGCCUUUGGUCUCAACUGGGUAGACCUGGGCCAGGAUGUGCGAAAGGCCUGCGACGAACAGAACCUGCCAGUCAUGUACAAUGAUUAUGGGGAGCCCAAAGAACGUUGAAUGCCACACAACAAAUAAUGGUUCUUGAGGAGUUGGAAGUGUGCUUUUGGGGUUAUUUUCAUGUCUGCUUUUCAAUUAUUGUGUGUUCUAACCCUUAUUUACAGUUAUAGGAACCUGAUUUCAAGGUAGGGUGUAUUUGAGAAGCGAAGGUUUAUUUCAACAGUUACUAGAGCAAGGUAUAUCAGUAAUGCUUUACUGCAUUUAGACAGCACUUUUCAUGACUUUUGGGAAAUUUGGAAGUUGCACCAACAAUCCCGUCCCCAAAAUGUAUAUAUUAUGAUGACGAAGAUUCAGUUAUUUAACAUGUUGAAUGUAGUAUUCAAGUAUAAAUUCAUAUUUAAGCUGUUUUACAUAUAUGGAGAUAGGCAGUAUAUGAAUUAGUGGUACAUUUCAGAAGUUUGGGAGGUCAUGUACAGUUUGACUUGUUUUUAGUCUCUAAGGGCUCUAUUGAAUCCGCAUCGUGGAAGUACAGCUUUACAGAGUGAUUGUAAUUUAAAGGCGUUGUUCCUGCUUUAGCGUAGACUGCAUUCAUGGUAAACGCUGCAUAUUGGAAAUGAUCUUUACAUUCUAUUGCGUAAUGCUUCAGCUUUACAGACUGAUAGAGCCUUAAAUGUUUAAAGUUGCCAAACCCAAAUGACAGUAUUUGCUACAUCAAUAAAUUCCUAAUUAUUCUGAAAUCAAAUGGCUAUCUUUGAAUCAGUAUUUCUAUUACAAAAUGAAAGAUAACAGAAAAUCUAUGUUUUAUAUCGUUUAUCUGUAGUAUGUUUAUAGAUCUAAUCCUAUCAUACUGUGUCUUAAGAAUAUACAUGUGCAACAGGUGUUGUUGAUACUGUAAAAACACAGAUAAACUCCACUAACAUGCCAGAGUUUGAUACCUUUCUUUUAUUUUAAUAAUUGUUCAUACAUUUAAUACAAUAGCAUUUCAAAGCAGCACACACUUGCGAUUAAUAUCAACCAAAUGCUGACUGUUUUCUUGAAUACAUUUUUUGGGGGCUCCUAACACAUUCCUUAAUGCAGUAGUUGUCCCGAAAACAUGGACUUGAAAACCAAUGCUUGUAGAUAUUUUCAUAGGUUCACCAAUGCAUUAAAUAACAGCAGAGAACAGUGGUUUGCCUCUGUAAAUAUUGUAUUACACAUGAUUUGUAUUAUAACAUUGACAACAGUGGACAUCAGCUGUAAGGAUAUCUUGCAUUAUGAGAAAGCCAUUGGUUGAUAUUGGUAGGUAUGUUUCUUUUUGUGCAAUUUGCACGAGAGGUGUGAGCAUUCAUUAUGUAUAGUUGUUAUAUGUAUAUUCAUUUUGGAGAGGUUCGUUUAUUCAAUACAGUGAAGUGGAUUAGAAAAAUUGACAGAUUAAAAUGCUUAACAAAAUUAACUAUCCAUCAGAAGUGAAUCAGAAUUGUUUCCAUACACAACAUAAGCUGAUGAAAACAACAAAAAUCUGCAUGUUUGAUAUAGUAGUUUAUGUGGAUAAUCUAAUGUUCCCUUUUUCACUUUGAUCUUUGCUAUUUCAAAAAAUAAUAAAGAAUAUAUUAUCAAAUGUGGAGUGUUGGACGUUCUGGAAAAAAUGUACCUUAUCAGUCACCACGUCUAGGCCUUGUUCCUUUUUAGUCAGUUAACUCAAGGCAAUGUCACACUGAUGGGAAUGUUUCUUAUGGAUUGUAGAGCCUCAAAUAUGAUGGUAUAAAAAAAAUUACAAUGCCAAAAGACAUGUAAAUUGAACAUGUAAAGUGUUGGUCCCAUGUUUCAUGAGCUGAAAUAAAAGAUCCCAGAAAUGUUCCAUACGCA